AUAUUCCCCCCACAAGUUGCAAAACAAAAUGGUCCAAAUUUGAUCUCUUUUAAGAGAAAAAAGGAAAGGAAAGGAAAGGGAGAGACCCAAAAUGGCCGCUGGAAGAGCGAAAGAAUCGCGUAGAAAAUUAGUCCCAUAGAUUCAUUCACUCCCCACUCUCUACUCUCCAACAAAGCUACACUCAAACUCUCCUACCCCACCGCCGACCACCACACACCUCCGCCGUCUUCGGCGCUUAAAGUCGACAAUGGGCUGUACAGCUUCAAAGCUCGACCACGAAGACACUGUACGGCGGUGCAAGGAGCGCCGCCGUCUCAUGAAAGAGGCCGUCUAUUCUCGCCACCAUUUGGCCGCCGCACAUGCCGACUACUGUCGCUCUCUUCGCCUCACCGGCUCCGCUCUCUGUGCCUUCGCCGCCGGCGAACCCCUCUCCGUCUCCGACCAAACCCCCGCCGUAUUCCUUCACAACACUCAAAACCCUCCCCAAUCACACACGCCGCCGCCGCCGCCACCGAGGCGGGGAGUUUUCGGUACGAAUUCCGUCCCGCCGAAUGUUCCAUCGCCGUCGCCUUCUCUCCAUCCUCCUCCGGCGCCGCCGUCGUUUUCUACCUCUCCGUCGCGCACCAUAGCGAGCUCCAAGCUUCCGCAUAUUCUCUCUGCGUCGAGUAUUUCGUCUUCUGUUCCGCACCACCGGCAACAUCGCCGCCGUAAACAGACGCCGAAGCUCCCUCAUAUUCUCUCGGAAUCGGAUCCUUCUUCUUCUCCAAGGAGUGAGAAAUCUAGCUUUUCUGCUUCUUUUCCCACUGCUUAUCCUAAUUCCACUUACUCCAGUACUCCUUCUCAAGCUUCCUCUGUCUGGAACUGGGAGAGCUUUUAUCCUCCAUCUCCUCCUUCCUCUGAAUUCUUCCAGAGUCGAUCUCAAACUCAGAUACAACCGAAGCCUCAUCCAAACAACGAUUACCAUGAUUACGAUGACGAAACCGAGCAAUCGGAGUACACCUUCUUCCAUAGGAAAUCGGAGAGCAAAAAAGACGACGGUCAUCAAUUCCAGCAACAGAAGCACCAUCUCGACGACACGGAGACCGAGAGAGAAGAGGUUCAAUGCAGCGAUUGGGGAGAUCAUUACAGCACCACGAGCUCAUCAGACAUUGAUGAAAUUGACGGUACAGAUGCCGAUUUGAGAUCAGAGGCUGACACUCGGUCCAAUUUCGAAUCCUCGAUCCGAACAGAGUCGGUAGCGCCCGAACCAGUGACUCCUCCUCCACCAGCCAAAUACGCGACGCAGAUGGAGAAGUUCGACGACGCAGGUUCCUCCGCAGGAAGCUUCCGGACCGGUGAGAUCUCCGACCUGAGAAUGGUUGUGAGGCACAAAGAUUUGAAGGAAAUUGUUGAUGCUCUCAAAGAAAACUUCGAGAAGGCGGCUGUUGCAGGAGAUUCAGUUUCAAAGAUGCUAGAGAUUGGUAAAGCAGAAUUGGACAAAAGCUUUCGGCAGCUAAAAAAGACGGUAUACCAUUCGAGCAGCGUGUUGAGCACCUUGAGCUCGACCUGGACCUCGAAACCGCCAUUGUCGGUCAAGUACCGGCUCGACACCGGUUCCCUCGACCAACCGGGCGGUUCAAAAAGCCUCUGUUCGACAUUGGACCGGCUUUUGGCUUGGGAGAAGAAGCUCUACCAGGAGGUGAAGGCUAGAGAAGGUGUGAAGAUUGAACAUGAAAAGAAAUUGUCAUCGUUGCAAAGUCAGGAGUACAAGGGGGAGGAUGAAAGCAAGUUAGAUAAGACGAAGGCUGCUAUAACUAGACUGCAGUCACUAAUUAUUGUCACAUCUCAAGCUGUCAAUACAACUUCUACUGCCAUAGUUGGUCUAAGAGAUUCGGAUCUUAUUCCUCAGCUUGUUGAACUUUGCCAUGGGCUAAUGUACAUGUGGAGAUCAAUGCACCAGUACCAUGACAUCCAGAACAACAUUGUGCAACAGGUUCGAGGCCUUGUUAACCAAACAAGUCAUGGUGACUCAACUUCUGAAUUGCAUCGUCAGGCAACCCGUGAUCUUGAAUCCAUGGUCACAGCUUGGCACUCCAGUUUUUGUCGCUUGAUUAAGUUCCAACGCGACUUUAUCCGAUCCCUCCACGGUUGGCUUAAACUCUCCUUUAUUCCAGUUAACAAUGACAGCUUACUUGACAACAAAGAACCUUCUGAGAUAUUUUGUGAUCAGUGGAAGCUUGCUCUGGAUCGUGUCCCCGACACAGUUGCUUCCGAGGCGAUCAAAAGUUUCAUUAAUGUUGUUCAUGUGAUAUCUGUAAAACAGAAUGAAGAGAUGAAGAUCAAAAAACGCACCGAAUCAGCAUCAAAGGAGUUUGAGAAAAAAUCUGCAUCAAUCAUGAACUUAGAGAAGAAGUUUUACAACUCUUACUCCAUGGUUGGUAUAGGACUUCCAGACACUGGACCAGACCAUGGGCAUAUUUUAGAUGCUCGAGAUCCUCUAGCCGAGAAAAAAAUCGAGCUCAUCGCGUGCCAAAGACGAGUUGAAGAAGAGAAGAUAAAGCAUUCCAAAGCAGUAGAAGUGACAAGAGCAAUGACACUCAACAAUCUCCAAACUGGAUUGCCUGGGGUUUUCCAGGCCUUGACCAGCUUCUCGGCCUUGUUCAUGGAGGCGCUCGAGUCGGUUUGUACUCACUCUUAUUCUAUCAAAUAGGCACUAUUUUCCCCCAUGUGGUCUUUCAUUUUUUUCGUUGCAGAAAGAAUGGAGUUGGAACAAAGCUGGAGGGAUUUUCUUUAGAUGAGGGGAGGGGGCUCUGAUAUUAUUAUCAUUAUUGGUAAGUAAAUAAUACAUUUUGGGGAAUUUUAUUAAUCUGUAAAUAUCUGGAAUUUUUGCACUCUGAUCCUUUUUUCUUUUUUUUUUUUUUCCUUUCUCCCUUGUUUGUUGGGGUUAAACAAAAUAUUUGCCUGUAUAGGAAAUUGCUUGGAUUGUUGUAUCAGAUUCACAUUUUCAGCCAUAUUAAUAAAUACAAAGCAUCUUGCUUUUCUCUUCCCA